UUCGUCACUCUCCGCUCGAAUAUGGAGUCUCUCAAAUCCUCGUUCAUAUUCUCUCCUCCACUCCUACCUCGUUCGUUUGAAUUGAAUCAAACAUUCUUGAAGAAGAAGAAGAAGAAGCCCCUUACUGGACGUAAGGUAAUGCCCGUUCACUCCUCAGUCCAGCCAGACCCUUGGUCUCCCAAAUACGGCGACCCUACUAGUCCAAAGCCUAGGAGCAGGAAUCCCAAGAAGCCUUUGUCGGAUGACAACGCUCGUCGCAUUAUCAAGGCCAAAGCUCAGUACCUGAGUGUUUUGCGUAGGAACCAAGGUCCACAAGCACAGACGCCGAGGUGGAUCAAAAGGACCCCAGAGCAGAUGGUUCAGUAUUUGCAGGAUGAUAGGAAUGGCCAUUUGUACGGCAAACACGUAGUGGCCGCUAUCAAGAAGGUGCGAGCUCUGUCCCAGAAGGCAGAGGGAGAGUACGAUAUGAGAAUGGUGAUGGGAUCAUUUGUGGGCAAGCUUAGUUUUAGGGAGAUGUGCAUUGUUCUCAAAGAGCAGAAAGGGUGGAGGCAAGUCGGGGACUUCUUUUCUUGGAUGAAAUUACAGCUGUGCUACCGCCCAAGUGUUAUUGUCUACACAUUAGUAUUGCGUGCAUAUGGGCAAGUUGGAAAGCUUAAACUUGCUGAAGAGACCUUCUUGGAGAUGUUGGACGCAGGCUGUGAACCAGAUGAAGUUGCUUGUGGCACUAUGCUCUGUUCAUAUGCCAGAUGGGGGCGCCAUAAGGCUAUGUUGUCAUUUUAUUCAGCAGUAAAAGAAAGGGGUAUUGUAUUAUCUGUCACUGUCUUCAACUUUAUGCUGUCUUCUCUACAAAAGAAAUCACUGCACAGGGAGGUUGUGGAGAUAUGGAGGGACAUGAAGGGAAAAGAGGUGAUGCCUAAUAAUUUCACUUUUACGGUUGUCAUCAGCUCAUUCAUCAAAGAAGGAUUGCGUGAAGAUGCUUUCAAGACUUUUGAAGAAAUGAAGGAAGGUGGAUUUGUUCCUGAGGAGGUAACCUACAGCCUACUUAUUAGCUUAAGUGUGAAAAAUGGCAAAAAGGAUGAAGCAGUAAGACUAUAUGAGGAUAUUAGAUCUCGAGGAAUAAUUCCAAGUAAUUACACCUGUGCUUCACUCCUAUCUUUGUAUUACAAAUACGAGGACUACUCUAGAGCCCUUUCCCUUUUCUCAGAAAUGGUGAGCAAAAAUAUUCCUGCUGAUGAAGUCAUAUGUGGUUUGCUUAUAAGAAUUUAUGGAAAGCUUGGCUUAAAUGAGGAUGCUCAGAGAACAUUUGAAGAGGCAAACCAGCUGGGCCUACUCACUGAUGAGAAAACAUAUUUAGCAAUGGCACAAGUCCAUCUUACAUCAGGAAAUGUAGACAAGGCCUCAGAAACUAUUGAACUCAUGAAGUCUAGAAACCUAGGGUUCUCUCGAUUUGCAUAUAUUGUAUUAUUGCAGUAUUAUGUGAUGAAAGAAGAUUUAAUAUCCGCUGAAGAAACAUUUUUAGGACUUAAGAAGAUGGGACCGCCUGAUGCUGGUUCUUGUAAUGAUAUGCUCAACCUGUAUGUGGGACUUGGCUUGAUUGAUAAGGCCAAGGAUUUUAUUGUCCAAGUAAGAAAGAAUCAGAUGCAUUUUGAUGAGAAGCUUUAUCGUACAGUGAUGAAGUUUUAUUGUAAGGAGGGAAUGGUACUAGAAGCUGAAGAGUUGACAAUGCGUAUGGCUGAGACUGAAUCUUUUAGAGAUAAUAAAUUCUUCCGGGUGUUUUAUUGGGUUCUUAGCAAACACAAUAGACAUGAACAAUCUGAUGACAAACUCAUGGACAUUGAUGAACCUGACACUGUAGCUCUUGGGCUAAUGCUCAGUUUAUAUCUGACAACUGGAAAUUAUAGCAGGACAAAAGUGAUAUUGGAGUUACUUCUUGAUUCUGUUGCUGGGUCAAAUACGGUUAAUCAGCUUAUUAUCAACUUUGUCAAAGAGGGAGAAAUCAGCAAAGCAGAGACUAUCAGUCAUCAAGUAAUGAAGCUUGGAAGAUUGGAAGAUUUUGCUGUAGCUUCUUUGAUUAGCUAUUAUGGCAAACAACAUAUGCUGAAACAGGCAGAAGAUAUCUUCAGAGAAUAUACCAAUUCUCAUAGAUCUGGUGAACUAGUAUAUAAUUCUAUGAUUGAUGCAUAUGUAAAAUGUGGUAAACAAGGUGAGGCAUGUUCACUUUACGAGCAAGUAACAGAGGGAGGGCAUGAUCUGGGUGCUGUUGGAAUUAGCAUUCUUGUGAAUGCUUUGACUAAUGGAGGAAAACAUCAGGAGGCUGAAAGUGUUGUCAGAAGAAGCUUGCAAGCAAACAUAGAGCUUGAUACUGUGGCUUAUAACACCUUUAUCAAAGCCAUGCUUGAAGCAGGAAAACUUAAUUUUGCUUCUAGUAUUUAUGAGCACAUGUGUUCCUUCAAAGUUGCUCCUUCUAUUCAAACAUUUAACACAAUGAUAAGUGUUUAUGGGGAAGAUCAGAAGUUGGAUAGAGCUGUAGAGAUGUUCGGCAAGGCUCGUACAUUGCCUGUGACUUUGGAUGAAAAGACAUACAUGAAUUUGAUUGGCUAUUACGGGAAGGCUGGUAUGAUACAUGAUGCUUCACUGCUGUUCAGUAAAAUGCAUGAAGAAGGGAUAAAACCUGGAAAGAUCAGUUAUAAUAUUAUGAUCAAUGUAUACGCUAAUGCGGGGCUCCUUCACGAAGCAGUGGAACUUUUCCAAGCUAUGCAAAGACAAGGCUGUUCACCUGACUCUCUUACCUAUCUUUCCCUUAUUCGGGCAUAUACAGAGAGUCUGAAGUACUCAGAAGCUGAGGAAACCAUUAAUGCUAUGCAGAACAAAGGCGUCUUGCCAUCCUGUGCCCAUUUUAACAUUUUACUCUCUGCAUUCACAAAAGCAGGGCUUAUCGAUGAAGCCAACAGGGUGUAUAAGAGACUAUUGUCUUUUGGUUUAACUCCUGAUCUAAUAUGUUUCCGAACAAUGCUGAGAGGUUACCUGGAACAUGGGCAUGUGCAAGAAGGUAUUAACUUCUUUGAAAGUAUAAGCAACUCGAUAAAAGGAGACAGGUUCAUGUUGAGUGCUGCUGUACAUUUCUACAAAACUGCUGGUAAGGAAAGCAAAGCUGAAGAAAUAUUGAAUUCAAUGGACAAAUUGGGGAUCCCAUUCCUGAGGAAACUUGAAGUGAGGUCAGGGUCAAAGACUCCAUUAGAAAACAAACCCAUUUAAGCAAUGGAUUUGUAGGAUAUGACUAAUGUAACAGCCGAGUAUUUUCUACAGGCACUGGAUGGUUCAUUGAGGAGAGAGAUAGAGAGUGGUGGCAGGUGUGGUCCAAUAUCUUAUAUUUGUACAGUGAAUUUACACCUUUGUCCUUUUAUGGGUCCCAAUCUACCCUGCUGCUUUGGUUUUUGACUUCCUGUGCUUUCCUCCAUUGCUUCCACUUCUAGUUUUGCAAAUGUUCUUUUUCCUCCCUUCUCCUUUCCAUGUCCAUGCUCUUUUUCCUUCCUUUUCUCCCUCCCUCCCUCCAUCUUCGUUAUUCUUUCACUUUUUUAUUUUUCAAUCUUUUCCUUCCUUGUUAUCUCUUCCAGUUUUAAAAUUUAUAUACUUUGCCUCUUCAUCUUUCUUGUCAGUUCAACCUGAAACUUCUCUUCCUCAUUCUUUCUAUUUUCUAUCUGUUUCCCCUAUAGUGUUGACAUUUUUGAGUUCAACAAGGGCAAUUUUAGAAAUAAGAUAGGGUAGAGGGUGGUGCCAUUGAAGUAGUCGAUGUCUCAAUGAUAAAAGGGGAGAUGAGGAUCAUGGAUCUUGGGAUUCUAUUUUGGGGCCAGAGGGGAUCUGGGGAUUAAAGGCUCCUCUAUGCUGCCAAAAUACUCUUUUGAUUUAAUCAAGUAGAGGGAGAGAUUGAACUAUGCAUUGACAAAAGAAGAAGUGGGGACAUGAUGUUAAUGCGGCUCUAUCCUCCUGUGUCACUGUCAGUCUGCACAAGGUGCACAAGUGUAGCUGGAUACGUUUUCGGAUGAGGAGAAGAGUUAAAGAGAUAGACUGAAGUGGUGUGAGAGAUUGAGAGAGGGGAAGGAGGAGAAAAUAGAGAAGAUUAUUUUCCUAAUUUAAUCUGCCAUUGCGCAAUUGUUGCUUGAUGAAUGGAACUCAGGGAUGAGCCACUGCCAAGUAACCAUGGUUGACAGCUUUGAUGCAUUGGCUCUCGAGAGCAAAUUGAAUUGACUGAAGUCAAAGAUCCAAACCCUUGGUCAGUUCUUAUUACAUAGCUUCAGAUGGUCUUUCUUUUGCAUCCAUCGUUUAUAUUUUAGCAUAAUAACCCCAUGCAACACGAUAGAGAGAUCAAAUGGUUUUACAUUUUUAUUUUAUAGCUUCUAAAGGGGUCAAAUUUUUGUCGAAUUAAAACUUCCCAGUGAUGCAAAUAUGUUAUAUACUUUUUAUCAUGUGUUGGAUUCAUGAUGAAGGAUUGAAGUCUAAGAGGUAACUUUAUGAGUAAAAAAGCUCUGACAUCCCAUUGCCCUUUUUAACCUAAGUGAUGACAUAAUUUAAAAUUUUACAAUUAUCCUUUUUUUUUUUUUUUGGGGGGGGGGGGGGUAACACAGACCAUUUCUUUUGAUGAAAAUUGAGUUCAUCAAUCAGUUGCUACAAACUUCAUGACUAAAUGACCUGUGCCUGCGGUUUUAUAGUAUGUAAACACACUGUAGAAAUAUAUUGUUUACGUCCCUCUUUAAUUUUAUUUCUCAUGAUAUUUGUUUAUUCUGUAGCAGAAAUGUAUGGCAACUGAUUUUUUCGAACUAGUUAUCACAAAUUUGGCUCUCUCUAAUUUGUCAAUUUAUCAAAUGUUUAGUAUUAGAAACACAAGUGAGUUGAAUUGUAUUUGGAUAUAUCUUUAGGUCAUUGCAAGUCUAGAUACAUGGUAUGUUUGCAGAAUUCGAAUUCUGAUGCAUUGUAUACUAGAGAGAUGGGAGCUGAUAUGGUACGCUUACUUGCAUGUAUUAUAUGAGUCUUUUAUGAUAGAUUGACAAAAACUUUGGCUU